GCUACACCCUAGUGUUGUUUCUGCUCAGAUGUUUCAAAUAUUAUAUAUAACUACAAAAGGCCAUAGUGGAGGAGCAACGAUCAUCUGAGAAAUCUGAUAGUAAUGGGGAAUUGCACUCUUAAAGGGGUCACUGCGGAAUGUCACUACUCCAUCCGGGUUCUCACUGACUGGGGAUCUCUUUUACAAUUCAAAGCUCCUAUAACAGCCGGCGAGGUGCUCCGGCACCACCCUGGUUAUGGUAUUUUCCGGCAGGGCCAUGCAUCCUCGCCGCUGCCGGAGCAGGAGAGCUUAAGUCACGGCCUUCUCUAUUACCUUCUUCCUUUGAAGCUGGAGGAGGUAGGUGAACGGGAAAACGGUACUGCUGAUCAUGGAGAUUCAGGAAGAUCAGACGAAGGAUGGAGGAGUGAGAAGAAAGAGCAACUAGGCAGGUCGCAGGGCAGCGCAGAAUCUGGGUACGUGAAGAAUUUGUCGAAUGGGUCUGCGCUUGAAGUCCUUCCAUCGGCCGGAAAUGGCGUUUGGAAGGUGAAGUUGGUGAUCGAUACAAAACAAUUGGAGGAGAUUUUGUCAGAGCAGGUGAAUACUGAAGCCCUAAUUGAGAAGAUGAGGAUGGCUGCGUCUGCAACUUCGUGCAGUCCCACAAGAAGCAGACGAACCAUGAGCCCUUGGAAAUUGGGAUGGAAGCCAGCCCUCUUCAGCAAUACACCCUUUAUUUAGGAAGCUGCAGUUGAAAUCUAAGUUCACUAGUCCUAACAUUAGAGCUGUGAAUUUAUUUGGAUGUCCUGUCCAAUUAUAACUCAAAUAAAGCUGUUCGAUUGUUCUAGUGUUUCCCAGUAAAUUUCUGCUCCGUCCUCAAGAAUUGGCGGCUUAAAGGCUAAUUCCUAAUGAAUUUGGGUGGAUUCAAGUUCCGUGGAUUCUAAAUCCAUGUAUAUUGUACAUAAAGUUAACUUAUGCAACUUUCUCAUAAA